CACAGAACAUCGAUACGUCUCGUGGUUUCUCGUCUAGCAGAUUUGACCACGCCUUUUAUUUACAUCUCAUGGCGCUGUGUGAGUGAACACGUUGGAGAGGAGGACCACUGAAAAGCCCCUUUGCAAUGAGAGUGACAAACGCCAUUAAUGGAUGAAUAAACCUAUAAAUGCAGUAUUAAUCAUAUGAAUCCGUGUCACCGCUGGGAUUAUCACGGUGAUAAUGGCAGCUGUGAGUCUGACGGAUCCGCUGUGCAAACCUUGCUCUUACAGCCCACAUUUUAAAGUUGAGGUGUGCGUGAGGAAGCCCUUGAUGCCCAUCCAGCUGAGCAGUGAGCAGGUGGCACUGGAGAUGCUGAGUCUCUGCAGCCAGUUGGACUUACUGAUCAGAGCUCAGGUCCAUCAGUUUCAGGAGCAGCUCAAACAGGACACAAUUCUUGAAGAGACUGAGUGUUUUCAAAAACAAGGGGCAGAGAUAAUAUAUCGGAUGAACCAGUGCCUUGAACAUCUCAAUGAACCGGUGCUUCAGCUUGAGGAGUAUUUGGAUGUUGUAGGAUUAUCUACUCUAUUCCCUCGAGUGGAAGUUUAUAUGAUACAUGGCAGCCCUGUUGACAUGUUGGAAAGACCACCUUCAGAUGCUUAUUUUCCUCAUAUUGGGAGGCUGAAUCAGCUGCUGGUUCUCAGUCAGCAGUUAGAUGAAGAUGUGAAGCAUCUGGGCAGUCAUAAGUACAUCACACAUCAGCUAUCAGCAAUUUAUCAAGUCCUAAACUCUCUCAAAGAUAUUUUGCCAUUAUCCAUCAUAAGAAAGGAUAUUGAGGCUAAUUUCAAGCAGCUGAAGAUGUCUCUUUCGACAGAGGAAGGGUCCAAGCUGGAUCCUCAGUUGCCAGCACAUCACGUGAGCUGGGUGUCAGAAUUAACACAAAACGUGAUAUCAAUGGUACUGUCACUCUCAGAAGAGCUCACCGAAGACCUCAAUCCAGUCAUGAAAUUGGUCUCUAACCUCUCGUAACAGCUAGAUCUACAGUGCCUGAAGUGGAUGGUGAGAAAUUGUCACGGAAUGAAGUGAUUCCCUUGAAAAAAGUUUUUUUUAAAAUUAUUUAUUCAUCUGUACACACCACAGAUAAGACUGUGAUAAUGUGAUCCAGAUAUAUUUCAAGACCUUGAAAAAUAAAAAGAAACAUUAAUCUGAGUA